AUGACAACGUUACUCUCCUCUUGUCUUCUCUCUUUCCUCGUCUUCUUCCCAACCUUCACGUUUUCCACCAUAUUGUUUCAGGGUUUCAAAUGGGAAUCAUGGACGAAAGAAGGAGGAUUCUACAAUUCUCUCCACAACUCCAUCGACGACCUUAGCAACUCUGGAAUCACUCAUAUUUGGCUUCCUCCUCCUUCUCAAUCCGUUUCUCCUGAAGGAUACUUGCCGGGAAAGCUAUACGAUUUGGACAGCUCCAAAUACGGUUCAGAGACGGAACUUAAAUCCCUAAUCGCAGCACUGAAUCAAAAAGGAAUAAAAUCUGUGGCUGAUAUUGUGAUUAACCACAGAACCGGCGCGAGGAAAGACGAUCGCUGUGGGUAUUGUUUCUUCGAAGGUGGGACUAACGAUGGUCGUCUUGACUGGGAUCCUUCCUUCGUCUGUAGCAACGAUCCUAACUUUCCCGGCACCGGAAACCCCGACUCCGGACAAGACUUUGGCGGGGCGCCCGACAUCGACCACCUUAACCCUAGGGUUCAAAAGGAGCUGUCGGAAUGGAUGAACUGGCUCAAAUCUGAAAUCGGAUUCAGUGGUUGGAGAUUCGAUUUCGUUCGAGGCUAUGCAACUUCCAGCAGCAAAAUAUACGUUCAGAAUACGUCACCGGAGUUUGCGGUUGGUGAGAAAUGGGACGAUAUGAAGUACCAAGAUGGGAAACUGGAGUACGAUCAGGAGGAGCAUCGAUCGGGUCUAAAGCAAUGGAUCGAGGAAGCAGGUGGUGGUGUGUUGACAGCUUUUGAUUUCACGACCAAAGGGAUCUUACAGUCUGCAGUCCAAGGUGAGCUCUGGAGACUAAAGGACUCGCAGGGAAAGCCGCCUGGUCUCAUCGGAAUCAUGCCCGGAAACGCAGUCACUUUCGUAGAUAACCACGACACUAUCAGACCCAACUCGUGGGCUUUUCCUUCGGACAAAGUCUUGCUUGGAUACGUUUACAUUCUUACUCAUCCAGGCACGCCUUGCAUCUUUUAUAGUCACUACAUGGAAUUGGGUUUCAAAGAUAGUAUCUCGAAGUUGGUGGCAAUCAGGAACAGAAAUGGCAUUGGAAGCACAAGCAGUGUUAUGAUCAAAGCGGCCGAGUCGGAUCUAUACUUGGCUAUGAUUGAUGAAAAGGUUAUCAUGAAGAUUGGGCCAAAGAGGGAUUUGGGAACUCUGGUUCCUUCUAAUUUUGCUUUAGCUUAUUCAGGUCUUGACUGUGCUGUCUGGGAGAAGCAGUGA